AUGGCUCUAAAGAAGAACUCUGGCCCGAUGCUGUUUUGCGAAUGGGUCAUUGGCGGCCCGUUGCCAGCUGCUCGCCGUGCCCGCAAACCCAAGCCACCCAAACCAAAACCCGCGCCGCCUCCGCCUCCUCGGGAUGUAAUUCGAGUCGAAGUGACGACUGACGAUGAAAAGGAGGAAGAUACGCUCAAAAUCAUUUUUCCUCGCUCUGGAAGAGCCGCAUCCCCAGCUGCAGUCGAAGAAAAGGCCGUCGAGGCCGUGGUCAAAAAGGUCCGUUUUGAGGAGGGCAAGAAGAGCGCCAAAAAGUCGGCCAUGAAGCAUCUCAAGAAUGAUGAAUCCGACAGCUCGGCCACGCUGGCGGAGAGCUCGUCUGACGGCGACUCCUCAGACGCUCCCUCGAAAGAUGAUGACAAAAGGGGCCAGGCGUCCAGCGAUGAGAGCGAGAGCGACGGGGAGCCUCACCCUACCUGCAAGUGCUCACGAUGUGUCAGGAGACGCAAGAAGAAAGGCAAGGAAAAGGCCAGCAAAUCGAAAGAAUGUGAAUCGGAUGAUAGUGCCGCCACGGACAGUGCUUCUGAAGACGAACAGCCAAAGCAAAAGGAACCCAAAAAGUCAAAUAAGAAGCAACAAGAAAAUCACCAGUCAAGUAAAAAGGAAAAGGAUAAGGGCAAGAAGAAGGGAACCUCGGAUGCUGACGACGAAGCCUCCGAAUCGGGCAAAGAGACAACCGACGAGGAAAAGGAAACGAAGCCUGCCAUGACCAAAGCCGAGAAGAAGAAAGCAGCAGCUGCCGAAAAGAACAAGAAGGAAGAGAAGGCGGCCAAGAUUAGCGAAAACGAAAAGACAUCCGCUCCCGCUUCUAAGUCAUCCCCAUCCGACUCAUACCCCUCUGCCUUUCCUGGCCCUCACGCGCGCCGCCCCAACCUCAUCGCGCCGAUCCGCGCUCAGGUCGUGCAGACCGAGGACGUCGUCGAGACGCCCGACGACCCGCCGCCGAAUGCCUUUUACGACGCCGCCGCCAACAUCAUGCGCGUCUACUACGGCCCCGUGUACGGCAACCACAACCCGCAGUCGCAGUCGCUGUACCCCCGGCGGGAGGCGGCGGGACGGCCGCUGCCGGUGGGCAUGCCGCAUCCGAUGCAGAACCCGUACUACUACGGCUUUCAGAACGUGUCGGGAUAUGACCAGAAUGGUGUGCCGGUGGCGGAGGAGUGGAGUAAUGGCAAUGGAGGGCCGUUUGGGCAGCAGCAGCAGUCGGGGUUCCCACCGUUUGUGGUGAAUCCCAUGUUCCAGCAACAACAGGGCCAUGGAGGACAGUACACGAAAGGCGCGUUCAGCAGGACGAGUCCUGUGGCGCCGGCGGCGCCAAGCGUAAGCCAGGCAGACGACAAGGCCGGUGGGAACAAUGUCCUGCCGACAAGCAAUAUUGAUGAGAAAAAGACGACGAGCCCGUACUACACGCCCAGCAAGACGGCCACGGAGCUGCGCAACAACAGCCACCGCAGCAGCCCGGCCAAAUCCGCCGCAGUGGCACCGGACAACGACGCCAACGCGCCGGCAUGGGACAGUGCGCCGCCUGCUCCUCCUGCACAGGAUGCCAGCGCCUGGGGCGACGGGGCGACGAGCGGCAACAAUAACAGCAACGACAGCUGGGAGAGCAACAACAGCGGCGGCAACACGACCGAUGCGUGGCCCACCACCGACAACAAUAACAAUGCUAGUGCUGGCGAUACUUGGGAGAAUAACAACAGCAAUGCCAACACUGGCGGUGGAGAUUCGUGGAACGCAGUACCGAGCGGCAGCGGCGGCAGGGGAGAUUCAUGGGAGGCGGCGCAGGCGGACAGCACCAAUGUCGGGCCCGGCAUGUCCGUGCCCGGCUCGUGGGAUUCCAUACCGGCGUCGACGGCGCCGGCGCCGGCGUGGGGCGACCCAAGCGCAGCGCAGAGCACCAGUGGCGCCGCAGACGUGUGGUAG